AUGAUAUUGAAACUUUCCUUUCUAGCUUUCAUUUUUCUAUCCUCAAUUUUGCCCCCAAUUCUUGGAGACAAACCUGAAAAUGCCCCUAAUUGCACCAAGGACCCAGCUAUUCAGCCACUUUUGGAUAAUCCAGACUUGGGACUUGGAGGCAAAGUCAUUUUGGAUCCGGAAGUUUCUACAACAACAACUGGAGAGUUGGAGUCAAGCACAGAGACAUCUGAAAUGUCUACAACAUCAAUUGGACCUUCUGAGCCAUCAACAAACAUUGCCACGUCAUCCGAUCAGACUACACCAUCUUCGGAAGAUCCUCCAACUACAGUGACUGUUUCCGAGUCCUCCAAAACGACGUCUGUGAGAAAUGAUCAACCAACUUCCAUGACGUCAUCUGAACUGUCCUCUACGACUUCUGAACCUGCUGAAGCGUCUGUACAAACUACAACUCCUUCGAUAGGAAACGAAUCUUCAGCUUCCACAGCUCCAUCUUCUUCAGAAUCCUCAACUCUUGAAUAUCAGCCUACAGAAUCCACUACUCUCCAAGAAAAUGAGCUAACCUCAACGUCCCCUGAACCUACUUUAGGUCCAACGACUGCAAGAAAUGAAUCCCCAACUUCUGAAUCCGAGCCAUCAGAAUCCACAACAAUCCAGACCAUCAUCUCCUCCACCCCUGUCUCCUGCUCCGAUGCCCUAGGUCACACAACAACCAGCAAGCCAUGUAACACCCAAGCUUGCAACUUCCCUCGUGCCAAUGGUCCCAAACCACCAUGCUGUGAUGGUAGCCAACCAAUUGUUGUCAAUAACUGGUAUCACUGUGGAAAAGUUGAAAAUCUGACUCCCAAUUCGUAUUGUUGUCCCGAUGGUGGAGUGUGGGGAGAGUGGAGUGUAUGGAUGAAAGGUUCAGGGAGGUUGGAGUACUCGCGGACCAGAAAAUGCUUGUCUAAUGGAUUCAAAUGUAAAUGUGAAGGAGAGCCCAAGGAGACUAUAAAUGGAUGCCCAUGUCCUCCAUUAUCCAUCGACACUUCUCGUUGCGAUGAUUCAACAAAGAUCUCCUACAACGCCUCACGCCAAGAAAAUCAAUACAAUCCAGCCAGCUGCACGGCAACCCUCAUCCUGGAAAGGUCCAACUUCCGAGGAACAUUUUACAAACAAGACACUGUGGAUAAUACCCAGAACAUGUUGACUUAUAUCGCUUACAUUGAGAACGGCAAAAGUCAAGGGACUCGAUUCAAAGCGUUCGAUGGCAUGGUGAUUCCGACGAAUGGGCUUUUGGAUUCUAUUGUGUUCCAAUGUGACAUUGUCACCAAAAUGUGGAAUGGGUUGAAUCCAUGGGUGCCGAAGAACAUGACCAAUGUCACAGCAGCGGCUCAAAUGGUUUUUAUAUGA